AUGCAGAACCGUAUUGACCGCUUAGAAGGCCUAGUAUUGUCUUUGAUGCAUGGAGGCGCCUCUAUUGAUCCCGCAACAGCAGCCGCUGCCGCCGCCGCAACUAGCAGCUCAAACAGUAAGUCGACCACGGAAAGCACCCCUGCGUCGCAAAAGAUCGACCACGACGAAGAAGCGAUGCGCGACGACGACGACGAGGGCGACGACAGUGAUCCAGACGGCGGGUUGGCGACAUCUUUGGGAGUAUUGAAGGUCGACUCGGACAAGGGCAAGUCCAUGUACAUUGGCCAAGAGCACUGGCAUACAAUACUGGCCGACAUAUCGGAAGUGAAGACGUACUUCACCAACCAUAAGAAGGAGUUGGAAAAGAGCUACGAGAAGGUGAUGAUGUCAAAGCCAGCCAGCGCCAGGGAAGGACCGACGUUUUUGCUGGGAGCCGCGCCCGCAAGCGAGGUCGAGCUACGUGCAGAGUUACCGCCCAAGUCGGCAGUUCUCACGCUGUGCUCAAGAUACUUCAAUUCGAUGGAUAAUGCGGUGAAUAUUAUUCAUUCUCCGACAUUCCAGCAGCAACUCCGAGCGCACUGGCAAGAUCCAUCGAAAACGCCCAUCAUGUGGCUCGGACUUUUGUACUCGAUUCUGUGUUUGGCAAUGCUCAGUUAUCACAAAGUAGGAGACGAGCCGCCAGAGUGGAAGGGGAGGACGUUGGAUUUGGCGUCCGAGUACCGCCUUCGCACGGUGCAAUGCUUGAUUGCCGCCGAUUAUACGAAGCCGGUUGAAUAUACUGUAGAGACCAUGCUUCUCUACGUCUUUGGGGAAUACUCAUCCCGGUGGGAUGCCGAUCUGGGGCUCUGGUUGAUCGUAUCGCUGCUCACCAGGGUCGCUUUCCGGAUGGGCUACCACCGCGAUGCAAAGUGGUUCCCCUCUUUAACACCAUUUCAAGCUGAAAUGCGGCGACGAACAUGGGCUCUAGUAAGAAUGGCAGAUGUUGUUUUCUCGCACCAAGUUUCCCUACCUUCCAUGAUAUACGGCCAUGACUGCGACACGCAAAUGCCAAACAAUAUCUUUGAUGAGGAGUUCGGGCCCGAAACUAAGGUUUUGCCCCCAUCGCGACCCAAGACGGAACCGACUCCGAUUGCGUACAUGAUCGCCAAGUCCAAGCUCUGUAUCGAGAUGGGCGACAUUUUGCAGGCGACCAACCGCGUGGGAAGGCAAGUUCCGUAUGACGAGAUUCUGCGGUUUGACGCCCGCCUACGGCAGAUCGACCAGGAGCUUCCGCCGCAUCUGAAGGUGGCACCGUUGGAAGGCUCACACGACCCGGUGACUCUGAUCAUCGCGAGGUACAACAUCAACGUCCUGUACCUCAAGAUCAUCUGCCUUCUGCACAAGAAGUAUGUUCCUCGGGCCAGACAGAACCCACGAUAUGCCUACUCCCGCAGAAGUGCGGUGGAGGCCGCUUUGGAAACUUUGCGGCAUCUGGUCACGCUCGACCGAGAAUCACAAGCGAACGGCAGACUUCGUUCACUGAGGUGGUUUGUCAAUUCGAUUGCCACCAAGGACUUUUUGCUCUCUGCCAUGUUGGUUGCUCUCGACCUCCAUUUCGACCGUGUAGCAGAAACGAGCAACGACCGAAGAGCAUCCGAAUCAGCCAUGUUCUGGACACCGGAGCAGAGAAUGGAAAUGCUCAGCAACCUUGAGAUUACCAAGGGGAUCUGGCAGGGGCUGGCGGAUACUUCAAUGGAGGCCUUCAAGGCCACGAAGGUUCUCGACAUCAUGUUGGAGAAGAUCAAGAACCCCAAUCCCGGGGCGGAUGGGGCGGACGCCAUGAAGGGCGAACAGUUUUCGAGCUUCGACAGCAGCCCCGAGAUGCAGACGGAGCACAAUGCUGCCAUGACCCUCGGCAUGCUUUCUGGAGGUAUGACGCCCAACACGGCAGCUGCCAUUGAGAGCACCAUGCAGGCGCAGAACACGUUUGGUGGAAUGGAUUUCGGCGUGGCGCUGCCGAUGACAGGCACGGGAAUGACGCCGAGUUAUUCCGGAGGAGGGGAUUUUGGCAUGAAUGGCGUGGGAUCUCCGCUCUCAAUGUUCACGAACCUUGAAGCAGGCGGAGAUUUCCCCGCCAACUUCGACUGGAAUGCGUUCGAGUCGUUCACGCAGAACGCCAACUGGGGAACCGACGCUGGUUUCCAGCAGAUUUAUCCCGGGCAGUCGUCUCCUGAAACGGACGGCACCGGCAUGCCGUUCAACGGCGGCAACGCGAACAUGGCGGGAUGA